UCGAGGGAAUUUUUAACGGAAUAUUAAAGUUGUCAGUACAGUGGAUACUUCCAAUAUUUUAAAACAUGAGACAGUGCUGUUUGAACCACCAACUUCAGCUAUGGAUUAUGUUUCUUGUCUCCUGCGUUGUUUACAACAGGGCAGACAUUUUAGUAUUUUCUGCAGCAGCAAGAUAUCAAAUCGAAGAAGAAUUUCGGGACAUGCCUGCCAGGUUUGGUGGUUUAAUACCAUCUGAUGGAAUUAAGGGUAUGGUGGUAUAUGCUGAUCCACCUACAGCAUGCCACGAAAUAAUGCAUCCUCCAAAUGCUACCAAUUACAAUGGUAAUUGGAUAGCUUUAAUUGCUCGCUAUAAUUGUAGUUUUCAAAUAAAAGUUCGAAUGGCACAGAAAGCUGGCUAUGAUGCUGCAAUUAUACACAAUGUGAACAGUAACGAAUUAGAACCAAUGUCAGCCAAAGAUCCCAUAGGGAUUUUGAUACCAUCUGUAUUCGUCAGCGAAAUAACAGGACUAAUUAUUAGAGAAAAUUAUUUAUACGACGAACUGUAUUUUGUACUCAUUAACGAUGAUACGCCGUUUAAUAUUACGAAUUUUCUUCUACCUUUCGCCGUCGUUGUUGGCAUAUGUUUUCUAGGCAUGGUUGUUUAUAUGAUCGUUAGAUGCAUCAAGGAUAGAAGACGGCAACGAAGGCAUAGGUUGCCAAACUCGAGCUUGAAAAAGAUUCCCACGCACAAAUAUACAAAAGGUGAUCCAUACGAAACAUGCGCUAUUUGUUUAGAUGAUUACAUAGAAGGAGAAAAAUUAAGAGUUCUGCCCUGUGCUCAUGCUUAUCACGCGAAAUGUAUUGACCCUUGGCUAACCAAAAAUCGCAGGGUUUGUCCCGUUUGUAAGAGAAAGGUUACUGCCGUGGACGAACCAGUUAUUACCGACGGAAGUGAUUCGGAUGCCGACGAUACGACACCUCUAAUCCGUGACGGUCAACAGGGCACUCAGGGUGGUACGUUCACCAGACAGAGAGAGAAUCCUUUUAGGCGCGCCAGAAGAUCUCGCAACAGAGAGAAUACAAAUCGUUGGAGUGACAGCUCCGAUUCCGACCAAUCCGAUGUUCCAUCCACUGACGGAACUAGUACAAGUGCCGGAGAACCAUCUAGUGGAUCUCUUUUUAUGGUUUGGGACACCCAUAGCAUUAACGGCGAAUUACCGCAGCUGGAGUGCUCUCUGAACAGCACUAAAUCGCAUACAGUGAAUUUAUAUACGAACACUGAAGAGUUUCCCACGUCUGUCGUUCAAAUUGCAAAAGGUCGUAGCACACGGACCGCUGGUAACACGCACGCAUCGAAUUCGACCGGGUCUGCCGUACCAGCCGAAAAUGAAACGUCGAGCGUCACGGAUUCCGAGGGAAACGACAUUGCUGCAUAAGAUAGCGAGGUUCAUCUUUUGCUACCUUUCGUACGAUCUUUCUUGUUUGUGUAGUACAAGAACGAUACACGCCACUGCAAGGUAUUACCUUUUAUUUAGACCUGGCAUAAAAUGCUAGAACUACUACGUAAUCGAGGAACGGAAGAACAUUUUUAACACUUUGAAAGAUUUCAUUUCUUUUAUAUCGAGGAAUUACGGUUCAUCGCGGGCGCUCGCACGCGCAUCACACGGUCAGGGCAAGAAGUUUUUAAAAUGUUUCUGUGUAAAUCCGUCGCGUUUUCCCUUUCGUACGUUGCUCUUCAAGCAUUUGUUCAGGUUAAUUUGUAUAAAAGUAAAUGAAACUCUAUUAUCGAGAAUGAUCUGCCAUUAUUUUAUUAAUAAGAGUCCAUUGUUACCCGAUCAGCUUAAUUUUGAUUAAAGAUCGCAUUAGACGCAUAAAAAUUGUUACUUGAUAGUUAAAGAUUGCAAAAUUAUUUUCUGGGUGUAAGCUUGAGUAAUUUAAUGUUUCAAAUAGCAAGAAAUAGCGAGCAGCGAAUAAUUUCCAACUACGGUCAGUAAGAAAAAAA